GAGACACCCCGACUCAAAUGACUAGGGAACUUGACUGUGGAUUUUAGCUAGCAGACUUUGGCAUUCGCCAGUUAGCCAGCAAACAUUGAAACUCGCGGAUGAAGAAUUAUUUCGAGAAUUUGCUCUGUUUUGGAACACUCCUGUGGCCAGCGUGCCGACAAUCUUUGAUUGUAAAGCCAACACUGGACUGAUAGCAAGACACAUGCAUGCCGAGGUUAAAGAAAAUGACGUUAGCCAGCUAACGUUACUGUAGCCAGCUAUUGGAAGUGGUCACAUGCCAGUCCAGAAUGUUAUCUAAGCUAGCUAACAUUAGUGGUUGACAAAGGAAAGAAGACAUCCUACCUGAAACAUGUUUAAGAACGAAUAUCAGGGUGGAGCUGCUGUAGAGAUCUUCAGUGCACAAGGGAAAGAUCCUGUUGCAAAAUGGAAACUUUGUGGAGGAAAAUCAGCUAUAAAUAAAGAGUUUGACAAAGAGGUCAAGAGCUUUGUGUACAGUCUGGAGGGGAGCAGCCAAGCUAUUAAAAUGCAGAUGCCAAAGGAUGGAAAAAUGUCUCUUGGACUGGUACAGAGAUUCUUGGUCCUCCAGGUGAAUGUUUCCCAAUGUAAAGACUUCUCUACAGAGCUUGUGAUAACUGAUUUAGGUCAUCUGAAAAGGAGGCUGUACCUAUCCACGGUUCAUAAAGAGUUCUCUGCUACACCCUUGCAUGCAAGGAUACCUUUCGGUCUGAAACGCAACGUUUGGUGCAACAUGUGCAUCGACCUUGUGUCAUUCACCAGUGAGCUGUUUAAAGGUGCAGGGUUCUUAUCCCUGGAUGGAAUCACUGUCUCUGCCAGCUGUAAGUUACGGAGAAUCUUCACCAUGAAGACUGAGCCUGCAGGGGCUUCUGAUGGAGACCUAUAUAUUGGUGUAAAUGGUCCCAUGGACUCGAUCCCUCGGAGCUGCCAGUUUCCCCCUGACGUCCACCAGGUGAUCCAGGUAAAGAACAUGGAGAGGCUGAGACUGGCAGACCUGAAGACUUGCCCUCACAACUCUGAGUCUGAUCAGUCAGGCAGUGGCAGGGUAGCCAGUGCUGCUCGAGGCCCCAAGUUCCAGCCGGACGCCUCCCACAUCGCAUUUGGGUCGAGGGUUUUAGGACCCCCUCCACUGACCGGAAGGAAGAAUAGUGGACUCUCAGAGGGACAGGGACAGGACGGGAGGACACAGGACGGGAGGACACACCGGAGCAUGAAUAUGGGGUCUGUAUCUGGUGCAAGAACAAAUAGAACAGCUGCUUCAGAGAGACAUCAGGAUCAUGGAGACUGGAGCGAAAAACAACCUGGUCCCAGUAGCCAGAAGAAUGACUCCGUUUAUGAGCUGGCAGGGAAGCCAGGGAGCCUGCAGCCGCGACCACCUAAAGACAGAGCGUCAUCAGACAAGGCGGGGUCCAGGAAGCUACGGGUACACAGUGCAGGGAAGGAGAAAUUGGCGCCUGGCUCAGACGCUGGACUUAGCCACCAUGGAGACAGGAACCAACAACUUUUGACCCCCAGUGAGACGAGUGGAGACCAAACAGAAGACAAGUUGUUGUCUCCCAGACCUGUUGACGAGGACAGAACCUGUUUGGAGCCCUCCAAAUCUUCUCCAGAGCUUCUGUCUGGCCAGUCGACCCCUGUCCCUGACCUCCCCCCAUCACCAUUACCCCUGCAGGACUCGGACAGUGAUGACAGUGAAGGGGAGAGUGAUGUGGAUGAAGUCUCUGAGCCUCAGUUCUCAGUGGAAAACGUGUUCACCUUCUCUUCUUGGCCCCACUCAGCCAAGCGAGGACAGGGACAAGGAUAUGGAGACCAGGGACAGGGCCAGGGACAUGGAGAGACCUGCUGGACUGAGGAGGCAGCUCAGGCCACUGACACCUACAGCCAGCAGGACACGGGAGGGCACAGGGGGGCCAGGCCAGACGACGACUUCCUCGCCAGCGAGAGUGAGGAGGAAGAGACCUCCUCCAGGUUCCUCUAUCAGAGGUCCAGUGUCCCCCCCAGCCCUGGUACUCCUGGUGUUCCCCCCAGCUCCACCCCUGGUAUCCCCGGAUCAUCAGGCCUAGAUGAGGACACUCCGCCCAGAGCACGGCCUGGGUCCAGUGGGUCCAGUGGUGCAGACCGAACAUUUACCAUAGAGCGAACCCUAACCCACACAGACCCUGCAGGGUGUAAAACCAGGCUGGCUCCCCACACUGACUCCCAAGCAUACAGGAGAACAUUAGAGGUGCCUGGGAUGGUCCCAACCCGCUGCCGGUCACCCUGUCAGGGUACCAGGCAGGGGCAGAGACACAGCAGUCUGGGCCAGUCUGGACCUGGGGGAAGAGAAGGGGGAGCGAGCCAGACUCAGGACAGGAGCAGCAGCAGGACAUCACUGAGCAGGAGAUCUCUGCGAGAGAUCAUCCCCCGAGGAGACGCCACAUUAGACAAGGUGGGAGAGGAGAGGGCGGAGAGCAGGCAUGAGCCUGUUGGGUCCAGUAGCUGUGAUUUGCGUCUGUUGGACAGCCUGCGUAUGCAGGAGGAGGAGGAGCUACAUAUGCUGGCCAGUCUACGGCGGGAGCAGGAGGAAGAAGAGGAGGGGGGAGGAGCAACAGGUCUCAGUGCCUCUCAGAUCCACCAAUGUAACGUCAGCAUCAGCACCAGCAGUGAUGAGCCAUCCACCUGGACACACAUACCUAUGCCGGCCAAACAGGGCCAUCACUACCAGAAGGAAAUGAACCCACUCUUACACUCCAAUCCAAGGGAAUGGAUGGAUGUCCUCAGCCCUCCCAUUAUUCCUCCUAGCCAGAAAAAAGGGAAGGGGUCAGAGGGCACAAGGGACCAUCGGAGUGGACCCCCGACCAGAGGGGCUGAUGGAUCAGUGAAUGGGGGAAAUGAGGACGAGGAGGAGUACCUGAAUCUGCUCUAUGAUCCCUCGCUUAACUGCUACUUUGAUCCCCAGUCUGGGAAAUACUAUGAGCUGGUUUAAUUCAUUAAGCUUUUUGAUGAGCAAAAUGCAGGAAAAGAACAGAACAGGCAUGUUCACUACUGGAAAAAAAUUUUUUUUUUUGUUUUACUUAAUUACGCUUUUCUGAACUAUUAACGAGCCUUAGAAAAUAUUUAUACCAUUCUGUUAUCCCCGGUUGUAUUUAAUAUGGAAUGGUGAGGAUGCUCUUGUAAUUAAUUGUUUAUACAGUGACUUUUUGAAGUGUUCUGUACUGUAUAGUGUGUAUGCAGUAAUAUGUGUGUCCUCUACACAUAUUUGUGAUUAAACGUGUUUGCUUUACCCUUGG